UCGCAUUCUAAUGGCUGGGGAUCCGUAUUUAGAAGAGACUAGGACAUCCCCUUCCUAGUGGUAUACACUGUUGAUUGCGUGGAAGACUACGAAUUUCAUACAAAGAUUCUUGAAACCAUACUUUCAGUAUUAAAAAUGGCUGCCACAGCGUCCACCUGUAGUCGCAUCUACCUUUUGAUUAAUGACGGGUCGCCACGGAAUGAGACCAUCGAGUUUGCAAAGAGUGCUUCACCAGAGGAAAUAAGAGCAGGCUUAUUGGCCGCUGCAGAAAUUGGCGGGGAACCAAAAGGGGCCAUUGUAAAAGUUUCAACGAAAGACGGUGUGCUGCUCCCUGUAUCGGUCGAUGGACUGACACCCAAUUCGGAAGACAAUCGAUAUAUUUUGAAUGUUAAAAAGGACAGCCUCAUCAAGAAUGAUGCAGCUUCCGCAGUUAUGUCUCCCGAGAUCGGAACCGCCAAUUUGGAUCUUUCCGCCCUCAAAGCAACUCUAAAAAGUUUGGAAGCCGACCUAGAUGGUCUAACUGAAAAGAAAGGUCAACUAGCAAACAUUCCAACUCAGCAUACGCCAAAGAGAGCUGUUAAACGGGUGUCUCAAAUUGAUCCUCGCUACAUGUCUCAACCCAAAUAUGUGUUCACGGAUGAAACCAUCAAAUAUUUGAAGACUCCGACAUUCGACCCUUGGCAAUGGCAGGAAAACGAAAUGUUGGCUUUACUGGAAUUCAUGUUCGUUGAGUUGGGGGUGGUGGAUGAGUUCAAGAUCGACAUUCCUGUUCUGCGAAAGUUUUUGCAGGCUGUGAAGGAUGGAUAUAAUGCCAAUCCAUUCCACAAUUUCCGCCAUUGCUUUUGCGUCACUCAGAUGAUGUACGGUAUCCUCCAUACGACCAAAGUCGUGGAGAAGCUUACCCCAGCGGACAAGCUUAUCCUUCUCGCCGCCUGUGUCGGGCACGAUCUCGAUCAUCCAGGAUUUAACAAUGCAUAUCAAGUAAAUGCCCGUACGGAUCUGGCGAUUAUUUACAACGAUGUAUCCCCAUUGGAAAUGCAUCAUUGCGCCGUCUUGUUCACGAUUCUGAAGCAUCCGGACACAAAUAUCAUGUCCAACAUUCCAGAUUCGACCUAUCGUGAUAUUCGCAAGGGCAUCAUUCGCGGGAUACUUGCGACUGACAUGGCAAAGCACGCAGAUCUCCUCUCGCAGAUGAAGAAGUACGCAGAUGAAGGUUUCAAGUAUUCUGAUGCGGAGCAGAAAAGUUGCUUGUUGCAGAUGAUCAUCAAAUGUGCUGAUGUGAGCAAUGAGGUGCGGCCUCCGGACGUUGCGGAGCCCUGGGUCGAUUGUUUGUUGGAAGAAUUCUUUGAGCAAGCGGAUCACGAGAAGGCUGCUGGACUGCCAUUUGCUCCUUUCAUGGAUCGAGAAAAAGUUACCAAAGCUGGUGCCCAGGUUGGUUUUAUUGGAUUUGUACUGAUACCGCUUUACGAACUUAUGGCCCGUGUACUCGACAACAUGGAUCCAAUCAUUACUCCCGUCAAGCAAGCUUUAGCCUAUUACAAAGAAUUGCAGGAGAAGGAGAAGGCAGCUGCUACUGGCGGGAAGUGAAUGCCGGAGGCAUACCUUUCAAAGGUGUCCUGCAUGGAAAUAGCAUUUUACAAGUUCUUGAACGUGUUGGUCGCGCUGAUGUGUCAGCAUCGGUAAUUUGCCCGGAUAUGGGCAUCUGACAUGUACGAAG